CCGGAGGAAUUUGCAAAAAAGCGCUGUAGUACGUAUUGUUUCAUUCAGAGUAAAUAAUGGUGACGCGCAAAAAGUCAAUUAAACGUACGGCGGAGGUCGCUGCAAUUGACAAUAGCGUCGAUAGCGAUGAUGGCGCGUCGCAACCCAAGGUUCCCAAGGAGUUGCUGGUAAUAGCGCAGGAGGUAAAAUUUGUGCGUGCCUUGGCUUGCAAUGACCUGGUUAAACGGAAUCGACAGUUACGCAAAUUGCGUAAAUGGUUCCAGCUGCGAGCACGCAGUUCCUUCCCCUUUACCGAGGAUGAUUUUAUGCGUCUCUGGAAAGGCUUGUACUAUAACAUGUGGAUGUCGGACAAGCCGUUAGUGCAAGAAGACCUAGCUGAGCAGUUGGGUCAAAUGGUGGACAGCUUUAGUGGCAACACCGACUGCAGUUUGGCCUACUUUAGUGCAUUUAUGCGCACUAUGUGUCAGGAGUGGUUUGGCAUUGAUCAAUGGCGCAUGGACAAGUUUUUAAUGCUGGUACGUCGGAUGCUGCGCUAUAUGCUGCGUCUGCUGAAGCAGAACAAAUGGGCACCAGAGCUAAUACAGACAUUCAACACGGAUAUGGAAAAAUCUGUGAUGGCGGAGCAGCCUAAGUCACGUGGAUUGACUAUGCACUAUAUGGACAUAUUUUUUGAGGAGUUGGCAAAGGCGGCCAAUGGCGAGAUCACCUCGGCAGAGGUUAAUCUCUUCCUGCGCCCAUUCGUUUCCUAUAUGGGAACACAGCGCGAUGCCAAGCUGACAGCCCAGUGUCGCACACGUGUACUCUAUCAUCUGCUAUAUCAAAGCGAUUUGGGUCGAGAAUACACCGACAAGUAUAAUGCUUGGAAAGAUAUGGGAUUUCCCACUGCUUCCAUCGAUGACGUAGAAAAGCUUGAUUCUGGCUUUGACGAAGAGGACGAUGAAAACGAGCAGAGUAAUGAACGCACUCUAACGCUAGAUCCGCGGGCUGGUGAUGUGGAUGUGCACAUGCCAGAGCUUCCUCUGAAUGCUGAUUGUGUGCUGGACGAGUUGCAGACACUGCUUCGUACGCAUGAAUAUAAUAGCAAGCGACGCAAGUCGCUACGCAAGCUACAACAGAUCUUUGAGACAUACAAGGGCGGAGAGUUUCCAUUGGGCGUGCGCUCUAUGCCUAAGGUUGAAGGUGAAUCGUUGGGAGAAAUGUUUAAAAAGAAAGUAAUAGAGCUCAAUGAAAUGGAAGAUGAGGUCUUUGGAACGGGUCGCAAACUCAAAAAGCUCAGCAAAGCCAAACGGAAGCGGUUGUUGCAGUCUAUUAAUUUCGAAGAGGUGGAUGAGGACAAUUAUGACGAGAUAAUCGGCAAGGCGUUGUCGCCCGAGCUGGAAAAGCAAGCACAGCGCAAUGCCAAGUUGCGUUCCACAAUCAACAAUGGCUGGCUGGUGGAACAGGUAGAUGAGGCGGAACAAGAGAAGCCACAAGAGAACGAGCAGCCUACAGCCAAAAAAAUAAAAAAGUCCAACGCAAAGCAGUCUACUGUCGAAACAAAAAAACAAAAUCCAAGGAAGGAGCAUGCAGACCAGAAGAGUGCAGAGCCAACUGUAGCAGCUAAGAAGCAAAAGAAAUCCAAGCUAGACAAGGAGCAGGAGCCGAGCCAAGGAGCCGAUAUCACAACUGAAGCACAAACUAAGCCUACAACAAAAUCAGAAAGCGACAAAACUGAAGUGGAAGCAAUUACAAAUGCCAAGGCCGCCAACGGCUGGGAAGCACCACUCGAGACCGGUGAGCUUGAGUAUUUUGUGCCAUCGCGCAAGCAGCAACUAAAGAGAGCCAACAAUAGUCUGGUUCUUAAUCCGGUCGCGGUUGCGGUCAAGUCCACACCAAAGGCAGCAACAACGGCUGCCACGGAACGCAUCAAGUUUGCUACUCCAUCGAGCAGCGGAAGCGCAAAGCGCGUGCGCAUUGUUACAAAACGGAACAGCAUCCAUCCAACCAGCGACUAUUUGCGUCAGCUGAAGCUAUCGCCCCAGUUGCCAUACGAUGCUGAUCGCCAACCUGGCAAGAGUGCCCUUAAGCCGCACGUCCUUCCCGGUCCCAUAAAUCCCAACUUCAAGGGCGCCAAGCUUUCGUUCAACGACACGCUGUGACACUUUCUGGCCUGGUUCGGAAUAUAAUAAUAAAAAUUUUUAAUCCGAAGAUCUGAUACUGAUUAGCUAAAUCUGGCCGGACGUACAUGCGCCUCAUAAUUUUUAAAUUGAGGGGUUUUCCCACUCGGCGGCAUCUGCAACUGCAAUCAAAUAAACUCCGCAGCUGUAGUUGUAAAUACAUAUAUAAAGAUGCGUACUAUAUAUAUAUAUAUAUACAUAUACUUGUAUGUAAUCGCAUGUA